CCUCCUUCGUGCGAUUGAAGACCAGAAGGGAAAGCAAACUAUCGGAGACCAAAUAACCCCUGAAUUGACCGAGGUCGAGUGCGUUUGUCAACAUGCUUUUGCUGGAUUACCAUAACGUCCUUAUCCACACCCUCCUAACGGAGCGGUUCUCUGGAGCCCCGCCCUCAUCAAUUGAUCAGAUCGUUUCCGACUUCGACGGAGUCACCUUCCACCUAUCUACGCCAGAAUCCAAAACUAAGAUCCUCAUCUCCCUCAAUGUGAAAUGCUUCCGAGAGCUCGUCCAAUACGGGGCCCAGCAGGUGCUAGAGAGGGAAUACGGCCCCUAUAUCGUUGAUCCCGAACCCGGCUAUGACUUCUCGGUUCUGAUCGAUCUGGAGAACCUGCCGGCGGAGCAGGAGGCGAAGGAUGAUCUCAUCAUGCGUCUGGCCCUGAUGAAGCGAAACGCCAUGGCCGCUCCGUUCGAGAGAGCAUUCGAUGAGUUCGCAAAGCUGUCGGAGGAAGCUUCUAGAUACACCACUGAAUCGGCACCCCAAGGAGUUGAAGAGGGAGGGGAGGUCAUGGCAGUCCACUAUCGAGAGGAAGAGGCGAUUUACAUAAAAGCCAGUCAUGAUCGCGUCACGGUGAUCUUCAGCACGAUCUUCCGGGAGGAGACAGAUCGCAUCUUUGGCAAGGUCUUUUUGCAGGAAUUUGUUGAUGCUAGACGGCGUGUUCUGACGCUGCAAAAUGCGCCUCAAGUACUCUUCCGAAACGACCCUCCCCUGGAGCUGACUGGGGUUCCUGGCCUUCAGAAUGUCAACGACGGCACGACGAGCUAUGUCACCUUUGUGCUUUUCCCUCGUCACUUGGCUCCCCAAAGACGCUAUGAAAACAUCUCCCACAUCCAGAUCUUCCGGGACUACUUCCAUUAUCACAUCAAGGCCUCCAAGGCAUACAUCCACACCAGAAUGCGCAAGAGGACCGCAGACUUCCUCCAAGUUCUCAACCGGGCCCGGCCCGAGAACGAGGAACGAGAGAAGAAGACAGCCAGCGGUCGCACUUUCAGAGUCCAGGCAUAGAGGCCUUGUUCAGUUCUUAUUUCUGUAAAUUGCGGGCGAGGGGUAACAUACGUGCAUGCAUAGGUCAAUUUGUCUGCUUCUAGGAUGUAUAGCUUGUCGAGUCUCACCGUCUCACAUGUGUUUAUUUUCUUUUUCUUUCCUACUCUUCUCCUGACUGUGCUUUCGACCCUGCCCCGGGCGAUAAAACGUAUGGCGGCUGCAUGUGGCUCUAUGCACAAGUACUAUAGAUUGUCGUGCAGCAUCCUCGCGUUCACUGUACUCCUUGUCCGGAGCAGUACUAACUUGGGCGGGGGGUCUCUUAAGCACUAGUCUAGAUGCCAGUCCCCUCCUGCCACUUCUCUUUCCAUCACAAAUCGGUGCCUCUCUUCCCUGCCAUUGCUGAAUUAUGUACCUGGCACUAUCCACAGAGCACAGACCUACUAGUACCCCAUACCUGCCUGUGUGAAGCUGAAAACUGAAAGGCUGCCUCUGUUGGACUCACAAUUCUCCAG